AUGGCUGCCCUGGUCAUCCUCCAGAAGGAACAUCUGCUGGACCUCCGGAGCCUGCUGCGCUGGGUGACCGGCCGGCAGAUGCGCUUCGAGGGCGGCUUCCAGGGCCGCUGCAACAAGCUGGUGGAUGGCUGCUACUCCUUCUGGCAGGCUGGGCUCCUGCCCCUGCUCCACCGUGCCCUCCAUGCCAGGGGCGACGAGGCGCUGGACAUGACCCGCUGGAUGUUCGACCAGUCUGCGCUGCAGGAAUACAUCCUCCUGUGCUGCCAGUGCCCGGCUGGGGGGCUGCUCGACAAGCCUGGCAAAUCUCGGGAUUUCUACCACACUUGCUACUGCCUGAGCGGCCUGGCCCUCGCCCAGCACUUCGGCAGCGGCGACCUCCACCACGAGGUGAUCCUGGGGGUCCCCGAGAACC